GCUCGACACGUUUCGAUGUCACGUGCUUUUGCUCCGCAACACGUGUGCUUCGGACAGCAGGAAGGCCACGCCAUCGGCUCACGCGCGAGCCGAGGGGCGCGGCGCCGCUCGAUUCGCGAUGACGCGGCCCUCGGCUCCCCAUCGUCUCUCUCCUCCUACGUUGCGGUCGCGUAUCCUCGACAGGGCUCCCCCCACCCCACGAGUAGGGGCAUUCUGGUCAUUGCCCAAUCUCCAGGGCACGGAACGCCGACAGAAGAGGCAGCGGAGCGGGAGAGGGAGCUACCCUCGUCGGUUAUCGACAAAUUUCCGAGAGACUUGCUCCGCAGAUUGGACGGAAACAGCUGCUUUGGCGAGCAGCUUGAGGUGCCAGGACGGGAGUCCGGCGAGGUCGAGCUCAACCUCGGCCUCUCCCUAGGCGGAUGCUUCGGAACGGACUCGAAGGCCAAGAAGCUGGUUCGGUCGUCGUCCAUCGCCGCCUUCUCCUCACCGCAGAGGGAGCACGAGUUCCCUGUGAUGACCACGGCCCUCGUGAGGACGAACUCGUUGCCGGCUGAGACGGAGGAGGAGAGGAGGAAGCGGAAGGAGCUGCAGAGCCUGAAGAGGUUCGAAGCGAAGAGGAAGAGGUUGGAGAAGAGACAUUGCAUCAAACCAGACGCUUCGAGAUCAGAUGAGGAUGCGGAUGGAAGGAAAAGCUUGAUAACGCCAAAUAUGAUCAAUGGCCGCCUCAAGCCUCUGAAGGGGAAAGAAUUCCGAGGAGUGUUCGGUGCUGCUACUCCUUCCGAGCUACUUGCAUGGGCGGCAGGGUCUAAAAGCACGGCUGCAUCACCGCCGGUAGAUGUGACAGGGUGUUUGCCACCAAUCCCACAUGGCUCUGUUCGGGCCAGCGGCAGUUCCUACGGCGUGUUUGAAUUCAAGAGGAAGACGCCAGCCCAAGGGUUCGAUCUGUCUCUUUUUAUUCGUGACAUAGAUGAUCCGAAGAAUGCCUCUUCAGCUCACUCAGAUUCUAUUCGUAAUGCCACAAGUUCGACUUCUACUUUGGAAGUCAGGAAACCUAUUACUGUUGUUGGAGAGGAAGACUCAUUGAAGAACCUUGCAACUGAUGGUGUGAAUCGAGGGAGGAACAUGGUGGGUGAGAUGCCAUGUGUUUCCACCAGGGGUGAUGGUCCAAAUGGGAGAAAGAUCGAGGGAUUCCUCUACAAAUACAGGAAGGGAGAAGAGGUAAGGAUAGUGUGUGUCUGCCAUGGCACCUUCCUCACCCCGGCCGAGUUUGUCAAGCAUGCUGGAGGUGGUGAUGUUUCCCACCCUCUGAGGCACAUCGUCGUCAAUCCCUCUCCGUCCGCAACCUCAUCUUAAUAUCUUUUCAUCUCUUUUCUUCCAUGGAAGAGUGCAUUUCUCUUCGUCUCCUACUAGAGUUUGGGCCAGUUUUCUACUAAAGAUGAAUGAGAAAUUGCACAUGCACUUCAUAGUUGUGAUUCUCUUUUUUUCUCUUCCUACCUUGCUUCUUAAGGUGAUGAAGGUGUUUGCUACUGGGAGAUUAUGGAUAAUUACUUGGCCUUUGCGGCUCAUCUAUGAGUUCUACUCUCUCUUGGCUCGUUCUA